GCCACUCAACAGUCACGACAAAUCAAAUUCUCACACAAUUUUGUGCAAACGGGGCAAUGCAACAACUGAACUAGUUCUUCCGAAGACGACCCUCACCAAUUGGCGUAAUCAAACGAGUUUACUUCCACGAAGCAUCUCGCUAGCUUCACAAAACAAAACUAACGAGGAAUUACCUUCUCGCCUAAUAGACUCAAUUAUGCAAAUCAAAUGAACAAAACCGCCGUGAACCUUAGGUAUACGAAAAAAAAAGCGUUGAGCAAUUGCUGCAAAAGUGCAUAACUUGCUGAGCUAUCGACAUCAUCUUUGUAAACGGUGCUCCCUAAUAACGUCAGCGAGCAGAACCAGGAAGAAUUAGACCAAAACACGACCAACCGAAGAAAUGUUUAUGGCGCUGCAAGUCCCACAGCUCGUGGUGGUGACGAUGGUGAUUCUCAUGCCUGCGGUGAGUAAUGGACAAUUUUAUAUCCAACGUUCCCCAACGGGAAGUCACACUGAGAUUGCGGCAACAGCAGCCCAAGCACAGACGGUGCCACGAAACGGGGUCACUUCUUGGGAAUCUUCUAAGGCAGCUGAUGCAACAACAUCAUCAUCAUCACCGGUGGCCUCCGGUGAAAACAAAUUGUUUUGGAACCGGACAGCGACAGAGACGAUGACGGUGUCACAGAGGUCGACCGACACCAACCCGAACAGCAGCGUCGCCAAUGAUGAGGAAUUGUUUCCGACCCUGGCCAACGGGCAUCUAGGCUUUACGGUGUUCGGCGAUGCGAUCUACAUGAACGGCCUGUACAACGGUCACCGAGGGCUGAGUCACAGGGCGAGAAUAGCAAACAUUGCCAACAUUCGGCUGUCCUUCUCCGGUGGGAACCAACCUCCAACGACGUCGAGUAUGGACUUCGAGACGGGCACGUUUCGCGUCGAUUAUCGAGGACCUAAUAAUAGCUUCGGGGUAGCGCAGCUGAUCUAUCCCCAUCAAUUGUACAAUCGUGCAAUCGUCAAUCAAUUCACAAUCGAACGACUGGAUGGCGAAGGUGAUAUUCGCAUCGGUUUAGUUCAAGCUAGUACUUUCCCCGGCACUGAAGACAUCGCGUUCAACCCGGUGAAAACCAUCUUCAUUAGCUCUGAUGCGGAACGGAAGCACUGGAACCGCCCGCACCUCCGCCACAGCUUUGCCCAUGAAUAUUCAUCGCCAUUCAAAGUGUAUCAAACGUGUGGCACCACGAUGGAACUGGAAGAUCCCGUGCACCAUCGGGACCAGCCACGACAGGUCUGUGCCUUAUGGAAUCAUGUUCCAGAAGAGCUCACACUGGAACGGUCCGAACGCACGGUGUCGUACAAAUUUAUAAUGACGGCUGAUGAAAGUGCCGGGCUGGCUCGCCAAGAUCUGACUGAUGCCAUUCGAUCCGAUGACGAUGUACUGCUGCACCUGCACAGUGACCUUUGGCGGGCAUUUUGGAACGAUUUUGAUAUCACCACUGAAGGCAAUCCAAAGCUCGAGCGAACCAUCCGAGCGAGCGUGUUCUACUUGAUAAGCAACUUUCCACUCAAUCCAUCACGAGCCUACCUAUUCUCCGGAUUAAGCCCAACGGGACUAGGACGGGGUGGAUCCAAUCUAGCUGAUUACGAGGGACAUUCGUUCUGGGACACGGAGAUUUGGAUGUUCCCGGUUGUGAAUCUAAUCGAGAGCAGCUUCGCUGAGAUGAUGCUCGAUUACAGAUUCCGCAGAAUGGAUGCGGCGCGACAAAACGCUGGAGCAAGUGGCUUUCGUGGAACAAAAUACCCCUGGGAAAGUGCCUGGUCGGGCAUCGAAGUGACUCAACCUUGCUGCCCGGAAGUGGCGCAAUUUCAACACCACAUUACCGCAGACAUAAGCUUCGCUCUACGGUUGUACUUUUCCGCCACGCAAGACCUGCUCUGGCUGCGCAACCAAGGAUGCCCGCUGGCUCAGGCAAUUGCCGAGUUUUGGGCCAGCCGAAUCUCACCCGAUCCCGUUACAGGGCUAUUCGACAUCAAGGAUGUGAUGGGACCGGAUGAGGAUCAUGAAAACGUUACCAACAACGCCUAUACCAACGUAGUGGCUGCAUAUGCGCUGUAUUUUGGCGACUUGACGAGCUGCCUCUGCACCAACAACGACGGCGACGACAACACUGUCGAUGCGGGUAAUAAAGCCCAUCCGAUGGGGCUGGACAAAGGCGUGGUGGCGCCGCCUCCCCGAACGAUGAUCAAUGGCGGCAAUUGGAGUGCCCUGGCGAAGCGCCUCAAACUGAUUUAUGAUGCCGAAAAUGAUUAUCAUCCCCAGUUCGAAGGGUACCAGUUGGGGACAGUGAUCAAACAGGCGGACACCGUCCUGCUCGGUUAUCCGUUGCAGUACCCCGGUAUGAACAGCAUCACCAGGAGCAAUGAUUUACGAUUUUACGAAUCCGUCACCCGACGAUCGGGGCCGGCCAUGACGUGGGCCAUCCAUGCCAUCAACCACCUGGAUUUGGGAGAGACAGAGAAAGGAUCGCAACUUUUCGAAAGAAGUCAUAAGAAUUACGUUCGUGGACCAUUCGCCGUAUGGAGUGAGGUGGAGCCGGGUCUCAAUGGGGCUACCAACUUUAUCACCGGUGCAGGCGGGUUUCUGCAAGCUGUGAUCAAUGGAUUCGGGGGAGUAAGACUGUUUUUGGAUCGAAUGGAAAUACGAGAGACGAAGCUACCAACGAGUACAAAAAGGUUUAAAAUCAAAGGAUUCAAUUAUCUGGGAGCGAAAUUGAGUCUAACUAUUUCCAACAAUAGCAGUAUAUUACAAUUUACAAGCCUAACUCGUGACUUGAUUAUAAGCUUUGGGAAUUCUGACUUUGACGCUGUAACACUGAAUAAGCAAUAUGAUAUUUCACGUGCAAAUAUAGUCAUCAAGGCCAAAGCUAGUAUUUACUCAAUUUGUAAAAUUCCUGAAGAUGUUAUCCACAAGUUUUAGAUUUUUAGUUGAUAAAUCAAUCUAUUAAGAUAAAUCACAAAGUCUGUUAAGUUAAAACUCUCUGUUUACUGUACAAAAAUUGACCUAAUUUCAUCCAAUCGUAGUAAUGUUUUCAGUCGAUCCAGUUGAAAUAAUAAAUUAGCUUAUAGAUAAGCCUCAUUAAAACCUUGCUAUAUAAUCAGAUUACGCCAUUUAUUAAAAUAAUUAUCGAGUUAAAUAUAAGAAAGAAAAUUGAAUGUAUGGGGAUUGGCAUUAAGUUACUUUUUAUCGUUAUAUUUAUUAUCAUAAAUGGCGUAAUCUGAAUAGGCUUGCGGUAAGAUCCGCACCCACAAAACAUGGCUAUGCUGAACGUGGCUAGGUUCGAAUCUUUGUUCCGAUUUUGAUAUUUACUUGACUUACCAUAAUUGUUGAUUGGGUUAUGUUCUUAUCUGUAACGGUAGUGUCGUCAUUUUACCUUCAUCAACCAUUCGGCUGUUUAUCAAAAUAUUUCGGCACAGAUUAUCUUCGAUAACGGCCCAUAGCAACGGCGUUGGGGCGCAAAGAAUAGGGGACGCAAAGUAGGUAAUUGAUUGUUUGCCACCAUCGCACUAUGAAGCGGCUCCAUACAAGUAAAAAUAUGUUCUCGCCUUUUUCUUCUUCUUCUUCUUCUUAUUGGCAUUACAUCCCCACACUGGGACAAAGCCGCCUUGCAGCUUAGUGUUCAUUAGGCACUUCCACAGUUAUUAACUGCGAGGUUUCUAAGCCAGGUUACCAUUUUUACAUUCGUAUCAUGAGGCUAGCACGAUGAUACUUUUAUGCCCAGGGAAGUCGAGACAACUUCCAAUCAAAUUGCCUAGACCGGCACCUGGAAUCGAACCCAGCCACCCUCAGCAUGGUUUUGCUUUGUAGCCGCGCGUCUUACCGCACGGCUAAGGAGGGGCCGCAAGUGCCACUUGCCCAAAUAACACUAAAAGGCCGAAUUUCAUUUGGCCGAUUUGAAUUUUUGACCUGAACGUUUAUUAUAGGCCGAAAACAGCUUGGCCGACAAUGUCAUUUGGCUGAAAGAAAUAUGCGACCGAAAGAGACAUAUUGAAAAAAAAGUCGUUUGAACGUGAACGUCUUGCUUUGUAGCCGUGCGUCCUACCGCACGGCUAAGGAGGGCCCCUUCUCACCUAUAUAUUUCUAAGAUCAUUGUCUAAAAUAUGUGAAAUACAUGUUUUGCAAGUCGUUAAUACUUCUAAGGUCUUCAAACUCCAUGAAAUAUAGUUCUUUGAUCUCCAUAGAAUAAAGCCCUUUUAUUUGGUCGGGGUUCUGCCAAACCACACCAAGCUGCUUUUUAACUGACUUGUGAUAUUUUCUUCGUAAAAGGGAAACGAAACUCAUUUGAUAUAAAUUAUUACGUACAUUUGUUGAAGGAUAUCCUCAGUUAUGAGGUUGAGUGAUAUCCGAUACGAUUUCAGAUCAAUUAAAUCUGUUAAACGAAAGCUUGAGUAGA